AUGCUGUGGAGACAUCCGCACGUGCGGAAACCACGCAUCGUACCUGCUUCUACGUCCAACGGAAUGAGACUAUGCUGUCUGGAUCGGAACGGCCGCGAGAUCGGGGUCAUUUUCACCUCGAUCAAGGGCUGCUCAUCAUCAGAAGUCAAGAUGAAGAAGUUCAUUGGAAAGGUGCAAAGCAAGUUCGACCAAGCUUCCGGCGGCGGCGGGGGAGGCGGCCAGCCCAUCAACUCACAGGCGCCGCCUCCAACCUCGGUCGAUGCUCCACCCACCCGUCGCGACAUCUACCUCUAUCGAAAGCAGCGCGGUGUCAAUCUGGGCUCUUGGUUCUCCCUCGAGGGCUGGCUCACGCCGUCGCUCUUCCAGAAGGCAAAAGACCCCAAGGCGAGCGAACUCGAUGUCGUAGCAGGGAUGGAUGCAACCGAGGCCAAAGCCAUGCUCGAGAACCACUGGGACAACUUCAUCAACGAAGGGGAUCUUCAGUGGAUGGUCGAUCAUGGCAUCAACACAGUCCGUAUCCCAGUGGGCUACUUCCACUUCUUGGCCGGUCAUCCCAACGAGCAGGUACGUGCUCUGCUCAAGGACACAGACUACGAAAAGUAUGCACCCGUCUACGAGGGAGCGUAUGCUCGAAUCCAGCGAGCUAUCGAAUCGGCCGCUGCACGCAAUGUCGGUGUGCUCAUUGACCUUCACGGUGCGCCAGGCGGGCAGGGCGCCGAUGGUCACUGCGGUGUCAGCCAUGGAAAGGCAGCUCUCUGGAACUCGAGCAACGACCAGCAAAAGACCAUCCAGAUCCUCAAAGCCAUGGCAGCCGAGUACUCUCGCUUCGAAAACGUCGUUGGUCUCGAGCUGCUCAACGAGCCCAAGAACUCCGGUCGACUGCAAGGCUUCUACGACGAGGCCGUUGCUCAGAUCCGUUCCGUCUCGCCGGAGGCCGCAUCGCUCCCGCUCUACCUUGGAGACGCUUGGGACACCAACCACUACACUGGCUACGUCGGACAACGUGCUGCCGGCAACAAUCCGUUGGUGGUCGACUACCAUCUCUACCGCUGCUUCACAGCCGAGGAUCACAAGAUGCGCUGCGAAGAUCAUGCUCGAAAGCUUCAUCCGGGAACAUCGCCGCUUCCCACUAGCAGAGAAGGAUGCGGCGACACGGCCGGUUGGCUGCAAAGCAUGUCGCACCGCUGUGGCGGUUCGCUCAUCAUCGGCGAGUGGAGUGCAGCCCUCAAUCCGUCUUCACUCCACCAUUUGGGCGGGGAGGACCAGCAGAGACCUGCCAAGGCAGAGUACGCACACAACCAGUGGAAGAGCUACGACAAGUUCUGUGCCGGUUACUUCUUCUGGACGCUGAAGAAGGAAGGCCCACCCGACUCGGGCUGGGGCUUCUACUCGGCUGUGGAGCAAGGUGUGCUGCCACAGCAUCUCGAUCCGCAUCGCGGCCAGCGCAAGUCCGUGCAAGAGCUCGAAGGUGCACGACAGGGAGCACAGGACGGCGCGCUCGACGGUCACACUGGCUACUGGCAGAAGCAGAGCGGCGGACCGUAUGAGCAUUGGCGUUUCGCAGAGGGGUUCAAUCUAGCCUGGAACGACUCGCUCGGAUUCAUGAAGGCAGAUGAGUCGAAUGAGAUUGGGUUCAUUGGACAGUGGGCAAAGGCGAGAACGGCAGCUCAUGCUCAGGCCAAAGGUCAGGGUAGCAACUUUAUCUGGGAGUUUGAGCAAGGAUAUCAGCAGGGUCUGAUGGGGUUCAGGGCUGCUUUGUACCGUUGA